UACUACUACUAAGACUACCACCACCGAGACCACGACCGUAAUACCGAUACACGGACACUGUACGAAACUCGUGCGCGCCAUUCACACACGGGUUCGUCGCGUAAGGUCCGCCGCGCACCGCAACGUAUAUUAAUAUUAUAUGUGAUAAUAAUAAUUAAUGUUAUUAGUCAUUAGAUAGGUACGAUGUUUUAAUUAAUGUUGAAAGAUUUUUGAAUUUUAAUCCGGCCCUCGGCCGUGAUCCACAGGAUAUCGUAGUGUAGGUUUAAUAUCGCGUAAACACCGCAUAAACAGUUUUUAUCGUUUUCGAGUAUACCGUGUAAGUCUUCGUCGUCGUCGUCGGGUUGUACCGCGAUAAUUUGGUAACAAUCAUAUCGCACGGCGCACACGAGACAUGGGUUCCAUCGACUGGUGCUGGGAAUAUUCCUGCAAAAACAGAUCGAAUUCCCACUGACCGGAUGACUGGGUUUGCAGUUUAAAAGCUCACCAACAACGUUGCUCCAUGUCGGCUGUCUGUUACGAGGGUGGAGUCGGUGGUAGAUCCCGAGCUGGGCUUAGGCUCAGUCUGAACAGGAGUAUCAGUGAGCCGGGCCCAGCAACACCACCGAUUACUGUUACUACACCGACAACCUCGAAACGUUUUCGAUUGGAAUCUAUACCUAGUCUACCUGCUAGUUUACCCGCUAGCCCAAAUUCUGAGGGUACAAAUUUAAGCAGUGCUCUAAUACUCAACAAGGUAAAACGAAUGAGCAGUGAUUAUUUUAGACAAAAACUGGAACUUUUCGGACCAGCGGUCUUGGCCAUUGACUGUCGGUCUUUCGUAUGCUACAACGUCAGCCAUGUCAGAGGUGCUGUGAACGUGAACGUCGCCGACCGGAUUAACAGACGAAGAUUGCAAACGGGAAAAGCCACUUUGGUUGAGUUGGCGUCUUCUAGGGACGCCAAAGACGCUCUAAGGAGGCGUGGUUACAGAGAAAUUGUAGUGUACGAUGACUCGACUACAGACUUAGACAGAGUGCCCCAUAACCAUCCUCUGAUGCUAAUCCUUGCAUCGUUAGUGGACGAUGAAAGAGAACCAUCGUUUCUUAUCGGUGGCCACAAGGAGUUUCAUUCUCGGCAUAAGGACAUGUGCGAGAACUCCCUGCUGCCGGCGCCGCUGAUCGCCAGCUGCCCUACAGAUGUGGACCGCGAGUCCAUGGACACCCACCCACUCACCAAGGUGCUCCCAUUCUUGUACCUUGGUAACAGCAAAGAUGCCGACGACCGGGAUGGUAUGACCGCCAUCGGGGUGACACGUGUGCUGAACGUGACCACUAGCCAACAGUCACCGUCCCCGACCAUGGACCACCGCGCUUCCGGCGUCGUGUACAAGCGACUCUCCGUCUUGGACAACGGGCAUGCCAACCUCAAGCAGUACUUCGAAGAAGCGUUCGAAUUCAUCGAAGGCGCUCGGAAGUCCGGCGGGAGCGUGCUGAUACACUGCCAGGCCGGCAUAUCUCGGUCGCCGACCAUAGCCAUCGCGUACGUGAUGCGCCACCGGAAGACGUCCAUGGUGGACGCGUACAAGAUGGUCAAGGCGGCUCGGCCGAUCAUAUCGCCGAACCUUAACUUUAUGGGCCAGCUGCUCGAGCUCGAGCAGAGCUUACAGCAGUACGAACAGCAGCAACAGCAACAGCAGCAACAACAACAACAGCAGCAGCAGCACCAGCAACCGCGUUGCGGACAGUCUUGGGUCGCCGCCCAAUCCGCCGCAGACGAACUGUCGCCCGGGUGUAGUACAUAAAAAAAAAAGGCCGCCGCGCCCGACACACACGUGUUCGCGUUGUCGCGCGCGUGCGCAGGACAGAGACAAGGUACCGUGUCCCCGCUUCGGGCAUGUUAAGAUAAUAUUAAAAUAUAGGUAGGUAUAUGUAUAAUAUACGUAUACGUAUGUGUAUAAUAUUUGUUUGUGUCAAUAUUGCGUUCGAGAUAUUCCAACCUAUUUAAUGUGUUCCUAAUAAUUAGUUUUUCCAUUCUCGCGCAAAUGUAUAUGUAAAAUAAAAAAAAUUAUAUAAAUAAUUAAAACGAAACUGUAGUAAUAAUAAUAUAUAAGUACCUAUAUCUAUCCAUGUCUACAAGUAUAUAUAUAAACUUGCGUACGUAUCCGUUUAAGAAUGUGAAAGUAUAUAUAUAUAUAUCUGUAUAUUAUAACGCGUAUGUGCCUAUUAUUAUUAUUAUUAUAUUGUUGUUUGUAAUGUUAUGAGUAAAAAAAAAAACAGUGCCCGUACGAAUCCAUGGGACAUGAAAAUAUAUUAAUAUCGUACGGUGAUUUCUCUGGAGCUAUAUAACAAUAUAAUAUAUACAUAUAUAUAUAUAUAUAUAUAUAUAGACUUUUAGACACGACGUGAUGACACCGCUGCAUCAUAUCAUACACUGGUGUAGACUUGACACGAUUCGAGAAAAACGAGCAUUAUCUAGUCUUGCAAAUUUUGUACAUAAGAUAUAAUAUGAUAUAAUAAUAUACGUAUUAUUACUCGCUGAGACUACUACUAUUUUUUUUUUUUUUUUAAUUACACCAUUAUUAUUAUUAUUAUUAUUAUAUAUAAAAUAUAUGUUAUUAUCAUGUAUAUGAAAUAAUGUAAAAAAAAAUUGAUGUAAAUAUUAUGUUUUUUUUUAACAAAAAAUUAAAGGCUGUGUUUGUAGAUAUUAUCAUAGAAAUAUAAUUGAUGAUGAUCAUGUAUACCCCCCCCCCACGUAUUUUUUAAACUUGAGUCAAUAUGUAGCAUGAUGAUUUGUAUUUUAUAUUUUACCGUCUAAAUACAAAACGAAAUCGUUGAAAACAAUAAUAAUA